AUGAAGAAGUUUGUGUCUCAAGUUUUCACAACCGUCGUAAUGAUGACAUUGUUAGGAGUACGGAGGCAGAGUGAGGGAAUUGUGAAGAACAGGAGGAGGUACCUCAUGGUGGUAGUUUCUGGAGGGAUGAAUCAACAGCGGAAUCAGAUUGUUGACGCUGUUGUCAUUGCUAGGAUUCUUGGGGCUGCUUUGGUUGUUCCUAUAUUGCAAGUCAAUGUCAUUUGGGAAGAUGAAGGUAAAAUUUCUGAUAUAUUUGAUUUGGAGCACUUAGAUGUUCUUGCCAAUGAUGUGAGGGUGGUUUCAGCUUUGCCAUCAACACAUCUAAUGACAAGGCCAGUAGAGGGGAGCCCUCCCCUUCAUGCCACUCCCAGUUGGAUUCGAUCACACUAUCUCAGAAGAGUAAUCAACAGAGAAGGUGUCUUGCUUUUACGUGGACUGGAUUCGAGGCUGACAAAGGAUCUUCCUCCUGAUCUUCAAAAGCUUAGAUGCAAGGUUGCUUUUCAUGCAUAGUUUGCAAAGCCUGUUCAGGAACUUGGUAACAACAUUGCCGAGAGAAUGAAAAGCAAGGGACCUUACCUUGCUCUUCAUCUACGGAUGGAAAAGGAUGUCUGGGUGAGAACUGGUUGUCUACCUGGUCUGAGUCCUGAGCAUGAUGAGAUUGUAAAAAAUGAGAGGAUAAAUAGGCCUGAACUCUUAACUGCGAAAUCAAACAUGACAUACCAUGAAAGGAAGCUGGCUGGUCUCUGCCCCUUAAAUGCUGUGGAGGUUACCAGGCUGCUUAAAGCUCUAGGAGCUCCAAAAAGUGCAAGAAUUUACUGGGCUGGACAACCGUUAGGUGGGAAAGAGGCAUUGCAACCACUAAUCAACGAGUUUCAAAAUAUUUACAGCAAGGAAGAUCUUGCUUUACCUGGAGAACUAGAACCAUUUGCAAAUAAAGCUUCCCUAAUGGCUGCCAUAGAUUACAUAGUCUCUGAGAAGAGUGAUGUUUUCAUGCCAUCUCAGAGAAAUAUGGGCCAUGCAAUUCAGGUAUUAUAAGACUAUAUAAACAUUUCUUUAGCUAGAAUAAGUUUGGCUAAACCUAUUUAGAAGC